CAGUGAACCGGACCGACGCUCCGACGAGCAGUGUACAAUUUACCUUCGAAAAAUACAAUUCAAUGUUUUGUUUAACAAUCUGUGAUAUUAUGUGACUGUAUAUUUUUAUUCCUGUGCCUACAGCUUUUUCAUUACGGAGAUGAAGUUACUGCUUCUACUGCUGGGCUGCAUCAUCUCGACAUCGGCUAAGAAAUGCAACGGUGUACUCUUCGACCAAAGAUAUUACGAGCCAGAAAUACUGAAAGACGGUCUCAAUAAAGUUAGACAACUUGUAUAUAGUAGGAAAGAUAACACCGUCUACUUCCUAUUCAAUCAAGGAGUUUUAGCUUACGAUGGAUCUGUAGGUUAUAUUAAUUUAGAUACCAGAUUAUCCGGUUAUUAUAAAGGUAUUAGAAACGCAACCAGUAUUUCUAUAGAUGAUAAGAAGAAUAGAAUUUAUAUAGGCAGUGUAGAUGGACUGUACGCUAUAGGUGAUAGGAGGAUACCUGAGAAAUUUCCACUAUACGAACCUAUACAGCAUUUGUUUUUUAAAAACGUUUUAUACUUUACAAACAUGAGAAAUAGGAUGUAUAGUUUCGACAGUGAUGGCGUAAAAGUGGUUGAUGAUAUGAGGGAUUAUGUAGCAGAAACGUUUGUUGUCGAUAAUGAUGGGAAUAUACUGUUUACAAAUGGAAAGAAAUUGUACAAACUAAAAUUAGGUACAAGAUCUUCCGCGUUCGAGAUUAUAACACGGUCGAUAACGGCUUUGUCCAAUGAUUUAGAGGACAGAUUGUUUGCAGCGUCCUUGGAUGGUAUAUUCGUGUACAAUAAAUACAAGUAUGCACUAGACAAAAUGUCAAAUUUACAUGAGAUUAAAGCUUUAACUUUUAAUAAUAUGCUAGAUCCUAUCUAUGUAGUAUUUGAUUUGUUAGUCAAACUUAAGAAUCCUGUGAAUUGUGUUGAGGAUGAUUUCUUUUUGUGAUAUUUGAAAGUAUUAAAAUUAUAUUUAUUUGAUUAUUAUCUUUUAUUAUAAAAGAGUUACACAGAAAUAGAAAUUCCUAAAUGUAUGUGUUUACAAAAACUAUUUAUUGUAAUUUUAUUGAAAUUAUUAAAGCGAAAAUGUGUGAAUAUGGAUGCUUCGAUGUUUGUUACUCUUUUUUCUUUAAACUAGGAUUUUCAUAAAACUAUAAGGGCAUAGCAAUCCGACAAUAUCAGAAUAAAACAGUAGGUGUAUAUUUGUUAAGUUGGACUAAAAAGGACAUGCAUCUACAGCCGUAAAACAUAUUAAUAAAAAAAAAACUCAGGCUAUAAUUUCGUGAGGGUGAAUACGCUAGGUUUAGUAUUGAUAUGGUGCUAUAUCUUAAUUUGUAUUCAAAGAAAACCUUAAAAUAUAAAGUUGAACAACAUUUAUUUUAAAGAGAGUUUGUAUAACAUGUUCCAAUCUGUUCAGAUGUUCAAACCUUUGACACAUGUCUUAAUCCAAUGAAGGAUAUACAAAUAAGGUUUAUGAAGCUACUAGUUGUUAAAAAUAAGAGGCAUAACUGUUAUCAAAAUAGGUACGUGGACCUGUUCAGAAUAUGUAAACUAUUAGAUGUAAAAGAUAAAAAUAAAUUAUUAACAUUAUUGGAGCAUUUUAAGAAUAAUAUAU